GUUCGAGUUUUGUAUGAUUUCGACGGCGAUAUCAACUCGGGAGAGUUGAUAGUCUCAACCGAUGAAAUUUUGACUGUGACACGAACGGAUGUAGGAGAUGGAUGGUGGGAAGGAAUGAAUCAUAACGGCAUGAGAGGGCUGUUUCCUGAAGCAUAUGUCGAGUUUAUAGAAGAUGAGCMACCGCCACCACCCGCACCAGCRACAAURAUGCCUCCACCGAUGGCACCACCGGCAUCCAACUAUAGGGCAAACUCCCAGGACCAAGAYGAYGGAGAAGAMUGGGACGACGACUGGGAUGAUGACAAUACUAGUAGCUACUCUGGGGGUGACGCUCAGACAUCAACAAUGAGAGAGAGAAGUAGCACUAGUUCGUCCAUUCAGAGAACUGGGACAGUGAGAAAGAGCAUGAACAGGUUUUCAGUGUUUGUCAAAUCAGGRGGAGAAGCUUAUCUUCUAGGAACACAAAAUGAGAAGGCUGUUUGUCCAGCAGAGGAAAGAGUGUCCGUUAUCACGAGAAAUGGYGAGGGGUCAGCCUCAAUGUCUUGGAAGAUCAUGGCUCAGCCWUUCUGUACUAAAGUAAGUGAGCCUGAAAAGAAGAGCAAAUUCAAGGGAAUGAAGAGUUUCAUAGCAUACAAUGUCAGCAAAUCAAAUUCCAGUACUGUGGUUAGCAGAAGAUUCAAACAUUUUGAUUGGCUGUUUAAUCGCUUGGUUGAGAAGUACACACUCAUCUCCAUUCCUCCUCUGCCAGAUAAACAAAUCACAGGUCGUUUUGGAGAAGAUUUUAUUGAGAAAAGAAGAGAAAAGUUGGAGAUAUGGUUAAACCGCAUCUGCCAGCAUCCAGUAUUAUCAACUUGUAAAGUAGUCRACCAUUUUCUAACGUGCUCAGAUAGUGAAAAGGAAUGGAAGGCAGGGAAACGAAAGGCAGAAAAUGACAAAUUCAUGGGUGCAUCAUUUUUCAAAACAGUUGAUAACCCACCUACUAAAUUAUCUAUAUACGCUAUCGAACAAUACGUUGACAAUUUUGGACGGUUCGUCAAGUCARCGGAGGACAGCGUGAAAACAAUGAUUGACAGAUCAAACACGCAUUGUGAAAAGUGUCUUGGAUCUUACAAAACGGAGUAUAAAAAAAUUGGUUCAACCUUCAGUGGUCUUAGUCAGGCUUUCUCACUCGAAGACAACACAGAUARCUCGCGAUCGUUAACGGAGGCCAUUGACCAUACUGGAAGAACAUACGAUGACAUCGGAGAAAUGUUUGCCGAACAGCCCAGAGAGGAUUUCGUUCCAUUAAUGGAAGGCUUAAAAGAGUAUUCUGGUAUGUUAUCUACGUAUCCCGAGAUUCUGCAAGUUCACAAAAGCUCCGUAGCAAAAGUAAAAGAUUUACAGAAACAAAAAGAUGACGAGAAAGUCGAAGAUGAAGUCUUAGAGGAAGUCUGUGCUCGCGCCGAUACGAUAACAGCAGUCUCAUUCGGUAAGUCCAUUAAUUUGAUUAUCUGAAAUCGGUAGACAUUGCGGUAGACUUGCCUACCACUCUU